AUGAUCGUCUGUUAUAAUUCGUUACACCCCACAGAGGAGCAGCGCUGGCUGUCGCGCGAGGAGGCGCUACGGCGCGAGGCGGCGGAGGCGCGCGAGGCGGCGGCGGGGGUGGCGGGGGCGGCGGCGGCGGGCGAGUCGGCGGGGGCGGAGGCGCCGGCCGCGCUGCUGCAGCAGCUGGCGGCGCUGCAGCGCGCGGCGCUGGAGCGCGAACGCGCGCACGCCGCCGCCGCCGCCGCGCUCUCCGCGCAGCGAGAGAUUAGUAUAGAUGUUAUAAUAACCGGAUGUGUAGCGGCGGCGGAGGCGGCGCUGGCGCAGGCGCGGGAGCACGCGCAGGCGCAGGCCGGCGAGCGCGCCGCCGCCGCGCACGCGCAGGAGGAGCGCGCGCGGCGGCUCGAGCGGGAGCUGGCGCGGCUCGGCGCGCUGCUGCAGGAGAAAACCCUGGAACUGGACCGUUUGCGUGAGGAGAGCGAGAGGGAGAUAUCGGAGCUGCGCGCGCGAGUGAGCGAGACGGACGCGCAGCUGGCGGCCGAGCGCGCCGCGUUGGACGCCGAGAGGCGGCGCAAUGUUAUACUGCAGGAGCAGGUGUCCGCGCGCGGCGACGUGUCCCCCGCGCCCUCCGCCUCCUCCGACACCUUCGCCGCGUCCUUCUGGCACUCCGAGGAGCCGCCGGGCGCGGGCGGCGCGGGGGGCGCGGGCGUGCUGGGCGUGGAGGAGCAGCUGGCGGCGCUGACGCGGCGCGAGGGCUCUCGGCGCGGGCGCGACGCGGCGCUGACGGCGCUGGCGGCGGAGCGCCGCGCGCUGGCCGGCCGCCUGGCCGCCGCGCACCUCCGCCUGCAGGAGUACCAGAACGUGCAGGAGCAGUACGACGCGCUGCUGCAGAUGUACGGCGAGAAGGAGGAGCAGCUGGAGGAGCUGCGCCUGGACCUGCACGACGUCACGCAGCUGUACAAGGCGCAGCUCGCCGACCUCAUACACCUGCGCCAGGCGCAGCAGCCGCGG